AUGGUAUUACAUUCCCAUGUGUCACUGGAUUCUGAUGGGAAUGUCAACGCAAAGAUGUGUCAAUCAAACUGUUUCCAUGAAUUAAGUCGGUUUCAAAUGUCAUGGCUUGUCUGGGUUCCGCUGAUCCUCGUUUUCUCUCUGGCGCUGUACUGCAGUGACACCAUCACCAUCAACACUCACCACAUGUACAACCUCAACAUCAUCACUUUCCUUGGGCCCGCACGGGAACGGCGGCUGCCUCAGUGUAUUAUAAUUGGCGUGCAGAAGUGUGGAACAAAGGCUCUGCUUGGGUAUUUAGAUCUUCAUCCACACGUGGAAACGUCUGAACGUGAAGAUCAUUUUUUGACGACGACAGCAACUAUGGACGAGGCAUUGAGUGGUAUCUCAGCACAAUGCCGAGAUCACGUGCCAACCAAUACACAGUGGAGAAAAGCCCCCGAUAUUUCAUUGACCAUAGGACGAAAUCCAAUGACUCGACUGGUAUCGGAUUAUUUACAGUCACACUAUAAAAGAGUCAAACGCAACAAGACCCAUGUUGAUUUUGAAACGUUCGUUCUAGACCCCUUAACACGUGAGAUUAAUGUUCAAUUACAGGCCGUGCAAGUCAGCAUUUAUCAUCAGUUCUUUUCGAGAUGGUUCUUCGUAUUUCCCAGGAACCAAAUUCAUAUUGUGGACGGUGAAAACCUAAUCAUCGACCCUGUAGCUGAAAUUUCCCCGAUUGAACAUUUCCUCGGCAUUGAGCAUCGGAUAACCUCCAACAUGUUAUAUUUCAAUACGAGUCGUGGAUUUUACUGCAUGAGAAUUAAUGUAACGAAUGAGAAGUGCCUUGGUGCUUCUAAAGGAAGAAAACAUCCAGAGUUCAAGAAGUCUCUGAUGAAAAUACUUGACGACUUUUUCAGGCCCCACAAUGUAAAACUUUUCCAAAUGUUAAAUAGACGAUUUAAUUGGAGUUAACUGGUAACUGCU